UACCAGCGUCUGCAGCUGCCGGACCAGCUCGGGCAUGCGGUCCCAGUGGCCCUCCGCGCGGCAGCGCUCCAGCUCGCUCUCCAUCUUCAGCGGAGUUCCUCUUUCCAACUUGACAACCCCGCACGAGUUGGCUGGCGUGUCCUCUGUGGAAUCCCGUUACCCUGGAGUUCUUAAAGGCUUUGCAGAGUCUCUGACAAUGACUUUCAGCAGAGAAUGAAACCAGAGCUUAAAAUCCACCGUAAGAGAUUUUCUCUGUCCUGCAGGAGGUUUACUUUAAAGAGGUGCCGGUGACCAUGAGAUCUCUGCGGCUGCUCAGAACCCCCUUCCUGUGUGGCCUGCUCUGGGCCAUCUGUGCUCCAGGUGCCGGGGCCGAGGAGCCUGGGGCCAGCUUCUCCCAUCCUGGCAGCAUGGGCCUGGAUAAGAAUACAGUGCACGACCAAGAGCAUAUCAUGGAGCAUCUAGAAGGCGUCAUCAACAAACCAGAGGCGGAGAUGUCCCCACAAGAACUGCAGCUCCAUUAUUUCAAAAUGCAUGAUUAUGAUGGCAAUAAUUUGCUUGAUGGCCUGGAGCUCUCCACAGCCAUCACUCACGUCCAUAAGGAGGAAGCGAAUGAACAGGCACCACCAAUGAGUGAAGCUGAACUGAUUAAUCUAAUAGAUGGUGUUUUGAGAGACGAUGACAAAAACAAUGAUGGAUACAUUGACUAUGCGGAAUUUGCAAAAUCACUGCAGUAGACAUUGUUUGGCCAUCUAGUUGUAUGCGAAUGUGACCCGUCAUAAUGUGAUGAAACACUUUGGGUAAUGCAAAAUAACUCCUUCCCAACUACUGCUACAGCAUUUUGGUAAAAACCUACAGCAGUUUGUUACACUGGGGUGAGAAAGAGAAAUCAAGAGAAGUAGAAGAGAAGCAGGACAUAUCGUAGUCCCCAGGUGCUGUUAAAUCUCUUACUGGACAAGGGCUUGAUUAAGGAAUCCUUUCAAGAAUAUUGGAUAAUUAAUUGGAGCAUAGUACUCAGGAACUUGACUGUAGAAUACCGCUAGUCUCUUGGUUUCAUUCAUGCUACCUGAAUAGUAAGACAAGCUUUGCCAAGUAGCCACAGUUUUCAGUAACAGUGAGGGAAUGGCAUAAAUUCCAGAUGUUUCCCCUGGUGAAUCCUGUGUCUUUAGGUAAAGGUGGUCUGUAUUCUGCAGAGUUCCCCUGGCCUGAAUGAUGACGUCUUCCACGUCAUCACCCCGAGCAAGUGAGUAUCAGGCUGUUUCAAGGCAUAAGAAGGAUGCCAGAUACCGAGUUCAGCUAGCCAGAGAGUCCGAGAUUCUCUGUCUUCUGGCACUUUGGGAAUGAGGAACAACUGAUGUGAUUAGCAUUUUUUGGUUUUUUUCAGUAUUUUAUAAAACUACUGCCAUAUCCUUUCUUUAUGUCUUCUUCAUCUUAGGGGAGACUUUGAAUUUAAAAUGUUCUGCAUUCUAAUCAUUAGCAAAUGUUUUAGCUUUCUAAAUAUUAGUAUUUAACCCUUAUUCUUAGGGUUUGUUUUUGCGACUUAGAAACUAUUAGGAAUGCAAGGACUUUAUCCCUCCUGCUUGGCACAUUGGGAUAAAGCCACUCACUGGUCCUGCCUAAGUGAGGAGUGAGAAGCACCCAUAUUGCUGCAAGCUGUAUUUAGAAGGCAUGGGGUUUAAAUCACCUCUUCUAGCUUAAAUAUGUGAAUUCUUUCAGAUCAGGAAAGAUUUAAAAAAGAAGUCUAGAAACUCUUGAUUAAGAGCACGAGUCUCAGUAACGGUUGAAAAUGAGAAGCAGCAACAGAUUGUAAUUCGGUCUCCUGGAUGUGGUGGACUCGCUGUGAAAGAAAACCUGAAAUGAUGGCUGAAUGGGGGGAAAAACCUGCAAAGGAUUUGCUGUAAGACACAUAGAGACUUAUUUUCGUUAUUAAAGUAUUCUUAUAAGAAAACAUAUGUAUUUGUAAAAAUGGUUUCCUGUGUCAUGUAUUUGUGCAAUCAGAGCUGAAUUGUAAACUAUUCUUGUAAUAUCUAGUUAUUUUGAAAGAUUUAUAUAUUGAAUCCUGGAUAUAUGACCAAUAAAACUGAUGAAACAAAAUAAA